AUGGAAAUAGACAACUGCUUGGAUGACAUGGUUCGGAGCAUAGUUCCGGACAAAGUAAGACUUGAUAUUUAGAAAAAAAACAGAAGUAUAGACCCGCUAAUUUCUGUCAAUGUCGCUCUAUCGGAAGUUUGUAAUCCCAUUUGAAAAUGCGGCUGAGGCCGCGUCCUUUUCCAAGUAAGCACUGAAUUCACUUGAUAAGAGGUAGAGCGAGGUUGCCAGAAAAUUUCGGCAGCAGUAGUUAACUAUCAAGAAUUUACUAUUCGUCAGACCGUGCUAAGGAUCAUAGACGUGGCUGCGAAACUGACAGAGACUUCUAAAGAGUAUCUGCCGGGCGUGUUGGCUAUUAUAGAAAAGCCAACUGCGGUUUUCAUUGAGUGGAAGCCUGCUGAAGAUCCGGAUGCAUCAUGGGUGAUUACAUCUGAAGAUGGAAACACGGAAAUGGUUCAUUCAAGGAGCCUUGGUGACCAAAAAGAACAUUUGGCAAAAACGUCUUUUUCGCUUGACGUGAACGAUUUGAGCAGUUUUCGUAGUGAAGAGCCGAGGAAAGGUGAGAACUGCAUUUAGUAUGUUGGCAAAACUUUUUUAAACAGGGUCCGCUGCACGGGCCGAGCUAACGCUCUGACGCCUUCGCCGAUAACCAAGAAGACUGAAAGUUCACGUUUUCAUUUCUCAAUUUCUCCGUCACAACUUUUUCGUUUUAGAAAUCAAAAGUGUGCGGACAAAUAAGUCAUUCUUAUUUAAUGAAAGUCUAGCGGGGUCUGUCGGUUUCUUUCUUUCUUUCUUUCUCUCUCCGUUUGUCCGGAAACAGUCUAGUAAAUAAAUAAAUAAAUAAACAAAGAGACAGACCCCGUAAGACUUUUAUUAAUAAGAAUGACAAGAAUGAAGAUUACACAAGAUUUUCAAAAACUUGGCCCGCCGCGCGGUCCGAGCUGACGCUCGGAAGCGCCUUCGCUGCUUAUUUGUUGAUCAUACUGUUUGAAAGCGUCAGCUCGGCCCGCGCAGCGGGCUCAGGUUUCAAAAGUCUUGUAUUAAUAAGAAUGAUGAUAACUUUUGGUGCCCGCUGUGCAGGCUGAGCUGGCGCUCAGAUGCGGGUCGCCGCUUAUCAAUAAGAAUUAUUAAGACUUUUAGAAAAUUGGCCUGUUUCGAGGGGUUUUAGAAACAACAGUAGAGUAAAAAUAUCUGUGAUGCGGCCCUGCCCGUUCGAAGAAUGGUAAACAACAUGUCCUAUUACUUGUUAAGUUUCAGGGUGUGGAUUCCCAUCUAUCAGAUUGAUUUGUCGUGACGGAAGUAGCAAAGUUCCACUCUUUUUCAAGAACGCAUCAACUGAAGCUUUCAUCGACACUCUUCAAGGGUUUCUAAAAUGUUGUUAAUUGUUAAUCUCUAUUUUUGUUUCAGAUAUAUUACUCUUCGCCGGUCUCACCGCGACGCUAAUCUCGUAAUCGUUGUUGACCAGAAAUCCGAGGCUCUUGCACAAAGCGUUAGCAUGUUAGACGAAAACGGAGAUAUACUUUCAGUAAGAUGAACUUUUCGAAAUAACAAUAUCCUUUUCCAAUUCAGAGGUUUAUGCAAAAUCCCUACAUGACCGCAAUGACCGGAUUCAGUAAGAUCACUUCGUUUGUGCAAGAUCAAGUAAUUCCAUCAGUUCUCAAUGAUACUGACGCCGUUUCUCAAGAAGAGAAAAUCCGUUUGAUGCGUGAAUUGAGGCUUGCAGAAGAACAGAUGCGCGUACAUUCUGAUGCCGCAGGAGAAUUUGAGGUGAUAACUCAAUUGGAGUUACCUCCAAGACCGGAUAUCUUCCGGGAAAUGCCAGUGUCACAGAAGAUGUGGGAUACUUUCAAACAAUCGGAUGGAUCUUUCAAAAACUUGCACAAUCUAAGAAUGAACAUCUUCCGUGGCGGAUUGAAUGCCGACCUACGGAAUGAGGCGUGGAAGUAUCUUCUUGGUUAUCGACGAUGGGAUGAAUCAGAUUCGCAAUUUGAAAAACGUCGAUUAAGUCUGUCACAAGAUUAUUUAAAUAUGAAAAAACAAUGGCUCUCAAUAACUGAAGAUCAAGAGAGAAAAUUCUCGAAAUUCGCAAAGCGUAAAUCGCUCGUUGGUGAGAGUGAUGAAAAAAUUAACAUGUAUUUUUUCUUUAGAAAAAGAUGUUGCACGUACUGACAGAACGGUCCCAUUCUUCCAAGGCGAUGGAAAUACUAAUCUGUCUCUCCUUCACAACGUCUUGAUGACAUACGUAAUGUACAAUUUCGACCUGGGUUAUGUGCAAGGAAUGUCUGAUUUUGCUUCUCCGCUUCUAUUCGUUAUGAAAGACGAAAUAGAUACAUUCUGGUGCUUCGUUGGAUUGAUGGAAAUGACUCAUCGGAACUUUGAAAAAGAUCAAGCGUUUAUCAAGCUGCAGAUGAACCAGCUUCGAGACUUAGUGAUGAUAAUCAAUCCAAAAUUAGCAAACUAUCUUGGUAUUACAUCUUGUAACUCGAAGGUUUAUUUACUUUUAUCAGAAAGCCAUCAAUCCGAUGAUAUGUACUUCUGCUUCCGCUGGGUCUUAGUGUGGUUCAAACGCGAGUUUUCUUUUCUUGAUACCUGCAAAUUGUGGGAGGUAAAAAGUUUUAAAGGGUUUCUUUUUACCGGUCGGAAAAACAACAUCCUAUAAAAGAUACUCAGAGCGUUUUCAGGUUUUGUGGUCCGGGCAGCCGUGUCCAAAUUUCAAUCUUUUGGUUUGUGUCGCAAUUUUGGAUUCUCAAACAACCGUCAUAAUUGAUAAUCAGUUUGGAUUGACCGAAAUUUUAAAGGUUAUCUGUUCUGUUCAAUUUCGUUACUGAAAAUCAUUAUUUUAGCACGUGAACGAUUUGUCUAUGCAUCUGAAAGUAGAUGAGAUCCUAACUGCCGCUGAAGCUAUCUUUCAUCAGCUAUCAGCCAGUCAAGAUAAGUUGCCAACCCACAUUUGCCAAUACCUCAAUAUUGGAGAGUCUGCCGUGAAUUCCAGCAAUGGCAGUCCCGUCAAGAACGGGGUCGAAGAAUCGCUAUGA